AUGUCGCAGCUCCUCCCCGUUCACGACGCUGCAAAGCGCUCGCGCUUCCAGUCCGCUCGUGUCGUUAACCCGGCUACCGCUCCGCCUCGCUCGCCGCGUCGCUCCCUCGUCCUGACCCUCUCGACAGUGCUGGUCGCCAUCGUCUGCCUCUUGCUCCUGCUUCCCUCGGGCGCGCAGUCCACAAUUGAGUCUCUCUUCUACCUCCAUGUGGCUCCCGUCCACCGGCGCAUUCUUUACCCCUCUGGUCCCCUGGCCAGGGCCAGCGCCCUUCUCCGCCAUCAUCCGCUCAUUGAUGGCCACAUCGACGUUCCUGUGUAUGCGCGAUACCGCUACGCAAACAAGCUCGACACCAUCCCCUUUGACGCCCCAGCGUGGCCCAAUGGCAGCUACCCCACCAGUGGUCAGGUCGACAUCCCCAGGCUGCGCAAGGGCCGCUCCGGCGGCUUCUUCUGGAGCGCGUACGUCCCCUGCCCACGUCAAGAAGCCCCCAACGGCUCAGACACCGCGGUCCGUGACACGCUCGAACAGAUGGACGUCAUCCGACAGCUCAUCGAUCGAUACUCGCACGACUUUGAGCUGGUCAGCACCGCCCGCGAGGCUCGUCGUGCCUUCCGCAAAGGCAGGCUCGUCAGCUUCAUCGGCCUUGAAGGCGGCCAUUCCCUCGGCAGCAGCCUUUUUGCCCUGCGAGCCUAUGCAUCCUUGUUCGCAAAGCCAGGCCACGUCGGGCCCCUUCGAUAUCUCACUCUGACGCACACCUGUCACAACGUGUUUGCGGACAGUUCCGGGGAACAGCCUCCACGCUGGAACGGUCUUUCAGCGUUUGGACAACACCUCAUCAAGGAGCUGAACCGGCUCGGCAUUGUGCCUGAUCUGUCUCACGUCUCGGACCAGACAGCCUCGCAGACCAUCGACGUCAGCCAGGGACCCGUCAUGCUCUCACACUCCUCAGCAAGAGCGCUCAACGACGUGCCUCGCAACGCCCCAGACUGGCUGCUCGGCAAGCUCGCACUUGCCUGGAAGGAGCAGGGCAAGGACAGCGUGGUCAUGAUCAAUGUCUUUCCAGGCUUCAUCGGCGGCAGCGAAGACCUCGACCAAGUCGUCAGGCACAUCCAGCAUGUCGCCUCCAUCGUCGGACGGGACCACGUCGGCAUCGGAAGCGACUUCGAUGGCAUCACCGAGGUGCCGCGUGGUUUCGAAGAUGUCUCAAAGUAUCCGCAUCUCGUAGCUCGGCUCAUCCAGAUCGGAUGGACCGACAGCGAAAUUGCUGGUUUUGUCGGCGAGAACGUGCUCAGGGUUCUCGAAGCUGCCGAAGAGUUGGCCGCCAAGUUGCAGCAACGCGGCACCCAGCCUGACUACACCAGCUGGCAGGACUUGGAAAAUCAGGCCGCAGAGCGGCUUGCCACCACCCUUUAG